AUGGAACACAUUUGCUUGGCUGAUACCUCUCAUCCCUCUCUAGGGACUGAAGAAACAGGCGUGGUCAACCAGAGUUCCCAAGUGGGCUUCCUUUUCCUGGGUUUCUCUGAAUAUCCAGGACUGGAAAGAAUCCUUUUUGUGAUUGUUUUGAUUUCUUACCUCCUGACCCUGGUGGGCAAUACACUCAUCAUCCUGCUAUCUGUGCUGGACCCCAGACUCCACUCUCCAAUGUACUUUUUCCUCUCUAACCUCUCCUUCUUGGAUCUCUGCAUCACCACAAGCUUUGUCCCCCAGAUGCUGUUCAAUCUCUGGGGUCCAAAGAAGACCAUCAGCUUCCUUGGCUGCUCUGUCCAGCUCUUCAUUUUUCUGUUCCUGGGGACCACUGAGUGCAUCCUCCUGACAGUGAUGGCUUUUGACUGCUAUGUGGCUGUCUGCCAGCCCCUCCACUAUGCCACCAUCAUCUAUCCCCGCCUGUGCCAGCAACUGGUAGCUGUGGCCUGGGUUAUGGGUCUGGCCCAGUCAAUAGUCCAGACACCACCAACCCUCUGCCUACAUUUCUGCCCCCAUCGGCAGAUAGAUGAUUUUGUAUGUGAGGUCCCCUCUUUAAUUAGACUCUCCUGUGGGGACACUACCUAUAAUGAGAUUCAGUUGGCUGUGUCCAGUGUCAUCUUCCUGGUUAUGCCACUCACUCUCAUUCUUAUCUCAUAUGGUGCCAUUGCCCAGGCAGUGAUGAAGAUUAACUCUGUAAUAGCAUGGAGAAAGGCUUUUGGAACCUGCUCUUCCCAUCUCACUGUGGUCACUAUCUUUUACAGCUUAGUCAUUUCUGUCUACCUCCAGCCCAGAAAUCCCUAUGCCCAGAAGAGGAGCAAGUUCUUUGGUCUCAUCUAUGCAGUAGGCACUCCCUCACUUAACCCUCUCAUAUACACCUUGAGAAACAAGGAGGUAAAGAGGGCAUUUAUGAAGUUGCUGGGAUGGAAACUCUAG